AUGUACCUUCGGGAUCUGGAUACUUCGCCCAAGGUCACUUUGCGCCGGGCUUACACGGAAGAAUACCCGUCGGAGCAGUUACCUCGGUGUUUCCGCAUGAAUGAAGUUCCGGUGGCGCAGGGAGUCUGUCAUGAUGUGGGGAUUCGGGAGAAUUCAGGGUUCGUGGUCCCGGUGGGAGACAAGACAACACAUGGGAGGGAUGAGUAUCCAUGCACGUGCUUGGUAGAAGAGAUGUGUGGGAAGGAUUGCUUUUUGGGGGCUGUUUCGAGGGCUGAAAGGGGACGUCGAGAAUGCGGCGGUGGGUCGGGGUGUGUCCGAUGGGUUCCUUUGCGGUGCAAAGCAAUCACCGAAGUCACGACAUCGUGGACUCGUGGCUGGUGGGUUCCUGUCGACAACAUCGGAAUGCCUGGAUUGGCAAGCGUACCUGCGUCGCUUAGCAGAGCAUCAUGGCCUCGCCAACUCGAAGCACCAGCACCAGCACCAGCACCAACGCUCACAAACGACAACCCCUAUCAGCGUAUGCGCGCAUACCAAGUCCUUCUCUCCAUCCCCGUUCCCUAUGUGACAUCAUCUCUCCUUUCAUCCUGUCUUCGUAACAUCACGCAGUAUCACGCCAGUUUCAACCGCCCUAUCUCAACUCUAAUCACUUCCAUUUCCAUCUAG